CGCGUCUUCGAUCCUCACACCUGCUGGAAUUCCCUCCCCGGAUUAAGAGAGUGCUGCUCGCUCCCGCAAUGGGCUCCCAAGAAAACAGCUGGGUGCGUCCUUAACUUCGGGCUCUGUCUAUGACCCACCGCCGGGGCUCCUCUCCUGGGUCUUUUGCUCCCUGGAAAGCCCUCUCUGUCUGCAGGCUUGCUUCCCGGCUUUGCUUGCUUGGAAUCGUGUCACACACAGCCCCGCGGAUGUGGCAGUGAACAAUGUCGAGACCCAAGGGACUGUUAUGGGUGCCGCUGUUCUUCACGCCGGUCUGCGUCAUGCUGAACUCCAAUGUUCUCCUGUGGAUAACGGCUCUUGUCAUCCGCUUCACGCUCAUCGACAGCCAAGCCCAGUACCCGGUUGUCAACACAAAUUAUGGCAAAAUCCGGGGCCUAAGAACACCAUUGCCCAAUGAGAUUCUGGGUCCAGUGGAACAGUACUUGGGGGUCCCCUAUGCCUCGCCCCCCACCGGAGAGAGGCGGUUUCAGCCCCCGGAGCCCCCUUCUUCAUGGACUGGAGUUCGGAACGCCACCCAGUUUGCGGCUGUGUGCCCCCAGCAUCUCGAUGAGAGAUCCUUAUUGCACGAUAUGCUGCCCAUCUGGUUUACUGCGAAUCUGGAUACUUUAAUGACCUACGUGCAAGAUCAGAAUGAGGACUGCCUUUACUUAAACAUCUACGUGCCCACGGAAGAUGACAUCCAUGAUCAGAACAGUAAGAAGCCGGUCAUGGUCUAUAUCCACGGCGGGUCUUACAUGGAGGGCACUGGCAAUAUGAUAGAUGGGAGCGUUCUGGCAAGCUACGGCAAUGUCAUCGUGAUAACCAUUAACUACCGGCUGGGCAUUCUAGGGUUUUUAAGUACCGGCGACCAGGCAGCCAAAGGCAACUACGGGCUCCUGGAUCAGAUCCAGGCGCUACGGUGGAUUGAGGAGAACGUUGGGGCCUUCGGUGGCGACCCCAAGCGAGUGACCAUCUUUGGCUCCGGGGCGGGAGCCUCUUGCGUCAGUCUGUUGACUUUGUCACACUAUUCAGAAGGUCUGUUCCAGAAGGCCAUCAUCCAGAGUGGCACGGCCCUGUCCAGCUGGGCGGUGAACUACCAGCCUGCCAAGUACACGCGGAUAUUGGCAGAUAAGGUUGGCUGCAACAUGCUGGAUACGACCGACAUGGUAGAAUGUCUUCGGAAUAAGAACUACAAAGAACUCAUUCAGCAGACGAUCACCCCCGCCACGUACCACAUUUCCUUCGGCCCCGUCAUCGACGGCGACGUCAUCCCGGACGACCCUCAGAUUCUGAUGGAGCAGGGGGAGUUCCUGAACUACGACAUCAUGCUGGGCGUCAACCAGGGGGAAGGCUUGAAGUUCGUGGACGGCAUCGUGGACAACGAGGACGGCGUGACGCCCAACGACUUUGACUUCUCCGUGUCCAACUUUGUGGACAACCUGUAUGGCUACCCGGAGGGGAAAGACACGUUGCGGGAGACCAUCAAAUUCAUGUACACGGACUGGGCCGACAAGGAGAACCCGGAGACACGGCGGAAAACCCUGGUGGCUCUCUUCACAGACCACCAGUGGGUGGCCCCCGCCGUGGCCACGGCCGACCUCCACGCCCAGUACGGCUCUCCGACCUACUUCUACGCCUUCUACCACCACUGCCAAAGCGAAAUGAAACCCAGCUGGGCAGACUCGGCCCACGGCGAUGAAGUGCCCUAUGUCUUUGGGAUCCCCAUGAUCGGCCCUACUGAACUCUUCAGCUGUAACUUCUCCAAGAAUGAUGUCAUGCUCAGCGCGGUGGUCAUGACCUACUGGACCAACUUUGCCAAAACCGGUGACCCGAACCAGCCUGUUCCUCAGGAUACCAAGUUCAUUCACACAAAACCCAAUCGCUUCGAGGAAGUGGCGUGGUCCAAGUAUAACCCCAAAGACCAGCUCUAUCUUCAUAUUGGCCUAAAGCCCAGAGUGAGGGAUCACUACCGGGCUACUAAGGUGGCUUUCUGGCUUGAACUAGUUCCCCACCUGCACAACCUCAAUGAGAUCUUCCAGUAUGUGUCCACGACCACCAAGGUCCCUCCUCCCGACAUGACUUCGUUCCCCUAUGGCACCCGGCGGUCUCCCGCCAAGAUCUGGCCCACCACCAAACGCCCAGCCAUCACUCCCGCCAACAACCCCAAACACUCCAAGGACCCUCACAAGACAGGGCCCGAGGACACCACCGUCCUCAUCGAAACCAAACGGGAUUACUCCACCGAACUCAGUGUCACCAUCGCCGUGGGGGCCUCCCUGCUCUUCCUCAACAUCCUGGCCUUUGCGGCUCUGUACUACAAGAAGGACAAGAGGCGCCACGAGACGCACAGGCGCCCCAGUCCCCAGAGAAACACAACCAACGACAUCGCUCACAUCCAGAAUGAGGAGAUCAUGUCGCUGCAGAUGAAGCAGUUGGAGCACGACCAUGAGUGUGAGUCCCUUCAGGCUCACGACACGCUGAGGCUCACCUGUCCCCCGGACUACACCCUGACCCUGCGCCGGUCUCCGGACGACAUCCCACUCAUGACACCAAACACCAUCACCAUGAUUCCCAACACACUGACGGGCAUGCAGCCAUUGCACACGUUCAACACCUUCAGCGGAGGACAAAACAGUACAAAUCUCCCCCACGGACACUCGACCACUCGGGUAUAGCUUUGCGGUUCCCUUCCCCGCCCUCGGCUCCUCCCCACCGGAGAGAGGGAGAAAGAGAGAA